CUAACUUAGUUAGGUGGGCAAUAGCUGGAAUAUAGCUAGAUUACGUAUGCCUCAGAGAAAAAAGUAAAGAAUACAAAGAAUAUGUCCUCAUUGUGUGAUGAUCUUCACCAAUGGUUGAAUGUAAACCUGUCACUCUCGACUGUGCUCAUUUUACUGGGAGGAUUUGCUGUCUGUGCUUUUCUUGUGUUGUACAUAUUCCUAUGGACGACAACACUCAGAGAUCCCCCUGUGCAAAGGUCAAAGUCUGAGAGUGUGUUCCGUGACCCAGUAUCCAACCAGACACACAUGUUUCCGCUGACUGUUGCGACCUCUCCCACCCUCUACCUCAGUCUAGUGGCUCCAGCAUACAAGGAGCAGGACAGAUUGCCUAAAAUGUUGGGAGAGACUAUGGAGUACUUGGAGAACCGACAAAAAUCAGACCCGUCUUUUACGUACGAGGUGGUCGUGGUCAACGAUGGUAGCCCAGACAACACAUCUCAGGAAGCUAUCAAUUUUGUUCAACAGUAUGGCUGUGAUAAGAUCCGUCUUCUAGAGUUGGACAAGAACAGAGGGAAAGGAGGAGCAGUGAGAAUGGGAUGUCUGAGUGUGAGGGGAGAGAGAGUACUCUUCCUGGAUGCUGAUGCAGCCACUGAUAUCAAGGAUGUGGCCAGAUUGGAGAAAGCCCUGGAUGCUUUGACCACUGACCAUUCUGUGCCAGCCUUAGCUAUUGGGUCACGUGCACACUUGCAAGAAGAGGCAACAGCUCAGAGGUCUUUCUUCCGUAACAUUCUUACGUACGGAUUCCACCUGGCUGUGUAUGUGCUAUGUGUCAAAGGGGUCAAGGACACCCAGUGUGGGUUCAAGAUGUUGACCAGGUCUGCAGCUUCUACCCUCUUCCAACUGAUGCAUAUUGAUCGAUGGGCUUUUGAUGUGGAGCUGCUUUAUAUAGCCCAACAACUCAAGAUGCCUAUCAAAGAGGUGGCUGUCAACUGGCAAGAAAUUGAAGGUUCCAAGCUGGUGCCGCUUUGGAGUUGGUUGCAAAUGGGCAGGGAUUUACUCUUUAUCCGACUGAGGUACACAUUUGGACUUUGGACUCUCAAGCUACCCAAGUCCAAGUCUAGCUAGAUAAUUAGACUGAACGAAAUUAAUUUUAUUUGAUGCGUACUGUCAUUGUAUAGAAUGAUUCUGAAACAAAAUAAUUAUAUACAUCACUAGUGCUGUAACAAG